CUUUCCUGUUUACGGGCGGGAAGAGCGAACAUAGCUGAGUGUGGAAGCUACUGUGUUUAAAUCGGAGGCACAUUUGUUUUAAUUCCCUUUGAUUCUGAUGGUUUGCACGUUUUAAUGAUUCGCGGGGGAUUGCGAGGUCUAGUGGGUACGUUUUAAGUGGACUGUUGUUAAAAACUAAAGGGAUUUUUGGAGAGUGCGAGGCAGAUGGAGGAUCCUCCUGCAGAUUCUGGCGGUGGUGGCGGCGGUGCAGCAGCGGAGGGCCCCGCGGUGCAGGUGGCAGAUAUCUGCUGGCCGACCGGGGCUAUCCCGCUACGGCUUCUGGAGUGGAAGGUCAAACCCGGGUCUCUUGUUAACGUGGACUCCGUGUUAGCACUGUGUGCUCCCAUACCCCAGGAGAAGGGGGCAGAGGCUGCCAGGCUGCCAGAGAAGAAGGUGAAAUCGGACCGUGCUGGAGUAGUGAAGGAGCUAUGCUGUCAACUUGGACAAGUCAUACCUCCCGGGGGUGUCAUUGUCAGAAUAGAAGAAUGCAGCCACCCGAUAGUGAUGAAGGGUUUAUGUGCUGAAUGUGGCCAGGACCUGACUCAGCUGCAGAGCACAAAUGGGAACCAGCAAACUCCCAUCUCCACAGCAACAGUCUCCAUGGUGCACAGUGUCCCCGAGCUGAUGGUCAGCUCAGAGCAAGCAGAACAGCUAGGCAGAGAAGACCAGCAGAGACUCCACAGAAACAAAAAGCUGGUCCUGAUGGUAGAUCUGGACCAGACCCUGAUCCACACCACUGAACAGCACUGCCAGCGGAUGUCCAAUAAGGGCAUUUUCCACUUCCAGCUCGGGCGUGGAGAGCCCAUGCUCCACACACGACUACGCCCGCAUUGCAAGGAAUUCCUGGAGAAAAUUGCCAAACUCUAUGAGUUACACGUCUUCACGUUCGGGAGCCGCCUUUAUGCACACACCAUAGCUGGCUUCCUGGAUCCUGAAAAGAAGCUUUUCUCUCAUCGGAUCCUUUCUAGAGAUGAAUGCAUCGAUCCUUUCUCCAAGACGGGGAAUCUUAGGAACCUUUUCCCUUGUGGGGAUUCGAUGGUCUGCAUAAUCGAUGACCGAGAGGACGUGUGGAAGUUUGCACCUAACCUCAUCACUGUGAAGAAAUACAUCUACUUCCAAGGCACAGGGGACAUCAAUGCUCCCCCCGGAUCACGGGAAGCUCAGAUGACCAGGAAAGGAGGCCCCUCAAGUCGGCCGGCAGACAGCACAGAAUCAGCAGGGACACCUGGUGCAGAAGAGCAAAAUAAUGGCCUCAGGAAAAGGGCGAGGGACCACAACGUUUCCGGAAAGGAUGAGCCCACAACAUCUCAGUCUUCUCAGGGAGUACCAACAAAUGAACGGACUCAUCCCACAGGGGUUUUGGAGGAUGAAUCAGGACAGAGUAAAGAGUCAGUGACUGAGGUGGUGCCUGGGGCGGGGUCAAGAGAAACUCGGGAGGGGGAUAGAACAAAUGUAAAGGAGGAUGAUAACAACAGGACGCAAGAGGCGCAGGAAGGUGUAAACUCAUCAGCGCCCAGCCAUGAGUCCAAUAACUUGGACUUUGACCUUUCCAGUGACAGUGACAAUGACUCCAUUACAGAAAAGCCUCCUUCAUCAGAGGACGAUAGUGAAGGCAAUCCUGGACAAGCAAAGAAGGAGGGUGUUACGCAAGAGCCCAGUGAUGGGGAAGGGGUGAGGAUAGGGGACAGUAAAUGUCGGGGGGAAGGAGAAAACAGCUCAGAAGCAGCAGAACCUUCAGGAGUUCUUCUCCCAGACCCCGAGCUGGGAAAUGGCUGCUCAGAUAGGAGAGAGCCAGAAACAGAGUCCCAGAAUAGUGAACAAUCUGGGGUCACCAUGGGGGAGGAGCUGCUGGACCAGAGCAUGGAGGAGGAGGAGGAGGAGGAAGAAGAGGAAGUUGAUAAUGACCAGGACGAUCACCUGAUCUACCUGGAGGAAGUGCUAGAAAGGAUUCACGCCGAGUACUAUGCCCGCUACGAGGCCUUCCUGAAGAAGGAGGCCUCCGAGACGCCAGACAUCCGCAAGAUUGUCCCAGAGCUGAAAGGCAAGACACUGGAGGGCACAAUGAUAGUGUUCAGUGGUCUGUACCCGACCAACUACCCCAUGGAGAGGACUCGUGAGUACUACCAUGCCAAGGCACUGGGGGCAAAGAUCGGCAAGAAUCUGGUUCUCAGCUCCCCAGAUCCCAGUCGGACGACACAUCUCAUCGCAGCACGAGCUGGCACCGAGAAGGUUCGUCAGGGACAGGGCUGCAAGCACCUCUAUGUCGUCAACCCCGACUGGCUGUGGAGCUGUCUGGAGCGCUGGGAGAGGGUGGAGGAGCAGCUGUACCCGCUAAAGGAGGACUACUCCAAGACGCCAAGGAGCAACAGUCCAGCAGCUUUCUCUGACAAUCAGGGCUCCCUGCAGAAGCCUAUUUUCCACCCAGCUCCCAUCCACCACAGACCUCCACCUCCAGCCCCAGAGGUCCGGACCUACGACCCCGUCACAGGGAAGCUGAUCCGCAGGGGCCCUCAGGUGUCACGGCCACCACCCUAUCUCCAGGCAUCAGGGUCUUUGUUGCUCUCUGAUCACAGAGAGCAGUCUUGUCUCAGGGGAACUUCAAAGACUCAGCAGGAUGACGCGGCGGGGUCCAGCCAAGACGAUGAGCAGCCGGGACCGUCGCGUCGGAAACGACAGCCGAGCAUGUCAGAAACUAUGCCUCUAUACACACUGUGCAAGGAGGAUCUGGAGAGCAUGGACAAAGAGGUGGACGACAUCUUGGGUGAAGAGAGCGACAACGAGAGUGAAGGGCGAGGAAAGGAGAAGCCAGGCAAUGAGGAGGCGGAAGAUGAAGAGGAGGAGCGGCGGCGGCGGCGGCGGCAGCAGCAGCAGCAGCAGCAGCGGCAG